CUCCGAGUUAGCUUGAGCCCGAACAACAAUACCAACGCCAGCAGCAGCAGCAGCAGCAGCAGCAGCAGUAGUAGUAGCAGCAGUAGUAGUAGCAGUAGUAGUAGUAGCAGUAGCAGUACCACCAGUGUCUCUUCUCCAUCGUCACCAUCGCAACCCUAUGUCACCUUCUUCUCCAACCCCAUCUCAAUCAUCUCGAAGCCAUCCAAAAAGACGUCGAAAGCUCGCAAUGUCUCCAGCUGCAUCACUGCCAACUCCCCCGUCUCGCUGUUCAACCGCAUCAACUCACAAACUGUCCGCACCAAGUAUAUGACAACUGAGAAUGGUCAGCUGUGCGCAAAGAACUCCACAUGGACACCCUUUGACGUCCUGGUUAUACGUCAGCCCACGAAGGAUUAUGUCGACGAAACGAUGAGCCCAGGACAACAGCAACAACAUAGCCACCCUCAUCAGCAUCAGCAAACCACCUACAAUCACAGCAGCAACAGCGGUAAUGUGGCUGUGACAUAUGGCUGUGAAAUCGUGCUCAAGGACGCCCAGUCCGGCACCACAUCGCCUCCCAUGAUCAUCCGCAAGGUCGACAAGGGCCGCAUCGCCCCGAGUGCUUGUGGGCCCGUGAGCCAGAUGCAGAAAAUUGCGCUGCAGUUGGUAUCCGAGACAGGUCCUCCUGUCUACCUUAGUGCCAGCGGCAAAAUCAUGCAACCUUCUUCAGCAUCGUCGUCGUCGUCGGCUUCUUCCUCAUCCUUGUCUCCGCCAACUGUGGACGAACAAGACGCCAUGUGCAACACAUUAGCAGCCACCUGGCUUGUUUUUUCACCUUCCAAAAUGGUCAUUGACAAACCUGGCCAAGACCCCAGCGAACGCGUCGACGACUAUCUGUGCUGGACCAUUGUCGGAAUCGCCAAAUUUGAAUAUACAUUCUACGAACCAGCGUCCAUCAUCCAACAACAGCAACAGCAGCAGCAGCAAAGCAGCCCAUCUGCGUCAUAUUAUAGUGAACCCGAACAACAGCAACAACAAUCAUUGAUGGCGGUGCCAAGAAGUCCGCCGCGCAUGACGAUGGUACCUCAGCCUUCGCCUCCACCGUCUCCGCCACGACGCAUCAUGCCUCUUCCCAUGCUGACUUCCGCCGAAUACCGCACAGCUACACAUUGUUUGGAUCUGGUCGGUCAGCAUCUAGUGCAGGCAACUGUUGGCCGUCUGUUUGAAUUCUGUCUUGGUUCGCAAGGUCCGCUUCAGGUCAAUGUCCAGCAGGAAGAUGCGUCUGGGAUGCAUCUCUCCAUCGAUCUGCCCCCGACACAAGACUUGCUAGUUGCCAACCACGAUCUGCUCGUUUCUCGUGAAGACGGCUCGCGUUAUGUGGAGCUAGCACUGGUUCUAAAGCGUCAUGACGGCACCGUCUAUACAACCGGACGAGGUCUUGCUUGUGAUGUAUUGCCAAACGGUGAUACUAGUCACUGGUCCAUCGUUUCGAUCUCAUCAAAUACCUCAGUGAACUCCCCUACCAUCUCCUCCUCUUGCUCAACGUCAUAGUUUUCCUUCAUCACCCCCUUACGCACACAUAGUAUACUCCCUCGUUUUUUUCUUUUAUAUCCAAACUGUACAUUUGUCUCCGCUGUUUUUUUCACUAGUAUCUUUACCUCGUUUAUAUGUCACCUUAGUUUCUUCCAAUCUGUAUAUAUGUUUCUUUGUCUCGCUCUCUCCCUUUCCAGUUACUUCAUAACAAAUUGUUUUAUUUUACAGUCUACUGUAUGUACUAAUAUGCCCAUAUAAAAAUUAAUAUGAAGAACUUGCAC